AUGGGUGAUUAUGGGUCCGCUGGCCCCCUUCUGCAUGCCACUCCAGUCGACAAAGAUCCGCCACAGCCCUCGGCUUCACGCAAAGAGAUAUCCGUCUUGGUAACAGGCUUCGGGCCCUUCAAGACAAACCUUGUGAACGCCUCGUAUUCGAUAGCUUCAUCCCUUCCAUCGUCAUUCCCCUUUCCAUCGCCCAAAGACCACGACGCGGAACCACGUCGAGUCUCGCUCCAUGUACAUCCCACACCGAUCACAGUGUCAUACGCAACCGUGCGAGAGACCGUUCCCUUGAUCUUGGAGGAGUUUGCUGCCUCGAAUGGUGGCCGCAGACCGGAUCUCAUUGUUCAUAUUGGCAUCGCCGCUCCACGGGAGUAUUACUCGGUCGAGAUCCUGGCUCAUCGUGAUGACUAUCACAUCACUGAUGUUGAGGGCUGUUCUGGCUAUGUAGAUGGCGAGAAGAGGUGGAAAGAACUGGGUCUGCCGCCGAUUCUGACACCUGGUCGUGCUUCAGAGGAUCCUUCCUCGGCCUCGCUUUACCGACCUGACGAUCAGUUCCUGGAAAAAUGGCGUUCUUUUGCUCCCAAUUCGGAUCUCCGAAUCUCCAAAGAUGCGGGUCAUUAUCUGUGUGACUUUAUAUUCUACACCAGCAUGUCUUUGGCCCAGUUACAAGGUCAGGACCGCAAUGUCUUAUUCCUGCAUGUUCCCGGAGCAUCAGAAGAUGCGAAUAUCAAGGAAGGACGUGAGGUUACACUCGCCCUUAUCAAGACAAUGGUCGCGUGCUGGGUUGACAGGGACUCUUCUGCAUAG